AGGGUAGGGAGAAACCCGACAGCUCUGUGUGCACAGUCUGUUCCCGGGAGUACUGAGGGCAGCAGGUGCCCCUCUGCGACCUCUCCUUGGCGUGUAAACAAACGCAACGAAAACAGGUUGGAAGGGAAAUUCAGCCUGCUUCGUAGCCCCCAGCGAGUGCUGCAGUGCUGCCGGGAGCCGAGGCUCGAGAGGCCAGAGCUCUGUCCUUGCUGCUGCUGAGCACUGGCAGGAGCCCCUCAGCACCCAGCACUCGCCUGGUUUGGAGAAUGUCAACGGGAAUGACAGCCUGACUGAAAAUACCAGUGGCACUCAGAGCUAGUGCUUGCACAUUUCUUCCAGGACAGCAUCUCAUCAGUGCCAUUGCAGAACAGAUGUUUGGAUUCAAGACGACUUCAUGGGAGCUGGGCCGUCAGCGAAGUGUCAUUGAGCUGGACACCCCCUCAGUGACAGCCGAGCAGGUCGAGGCCCUGGAGAGGAGCCUGAACGAGAAAAUCCGGGACAGGGUUCCUGUAACAGUGAGGGAACUGGCUGCAGAUGACCCUGAAAUUGAAACAGUGAGGAGCCGGGGGCUGCCUGAUGACCACGUAGGGCCAGUGCGUGUGGUGGACAUCAAAGGCAUCGACUCCAACAUGUGCUGUGGGACUCAUGUCAGCAACCUGAGUGACCUCCAGGUUAUUAAACUCCUUGGCGUGGAAAAAGGGAAAAAGAACAAAACCAACUUGGUUUUCUUGGCGGGAAACAGAGUGCUGAAGUCAAUCGAACAAAGCCACAGUACUGAGAAGGCUCUAACCUCCCUGCUCAAAAAUGGGCCAGGUGAGCACGUAGAGGCUGUGAAGAGACUGCAGAGCUCUGUGAAACUGCUCCAGAAGAAUAACCUGAACCUGCUUAGAGACAUUGCUGUUUUGAUAGCCCGGGACUUCAAGAGCAAACCUGCUCCAAAGCAGCUGUUUGUAUUGCACAGGAAAGAGGGUGAUUCUGAAUUUAUGAACAUCAUUGCUAAUGAGAUUGGGACAGAGGAAACCCUGCUAUUCCUGACUGUGGGAGAUGAAAAAGAAGCAGGACUCUUCCUUCUAGCUGGACCUGUUGAAGCAGUUGAAAAUUUAGGUCCCAGGGUGGCAGAACUGCUGGGUGGGAAAGGAGCUGGGAAGCGUGGCCGCUUCCAGGGCAAGGCAGCCAAGAUGAGCCGGCGAGGAGAAGUGCAAGCUCUGCUCCAGGAAUUCAUUAGCCAUCAGAACCCUGGAGCAUAAGAAACAAUUCUCAAAGUAGGUUUGUCUUCCCUUUGUUUGCAUAGGCCCCGUGAGCUUCUCUACCAGAGAAUAAAGACCUGAACCCAA